AUGGAAGAAAUACUGAUGAGAUUUGCUGAUGACACAAACUGUUUUUUGCAAGAACAGAAAAAUAAAAUUCAAAAUGUUAUUGGUGAGAGUAAUAGGAUGAAAUUAGACAAAAGGUUAAAAGGAGAACCUUACAGUAUUUUUGUUACUGAAGUGACAAUUAGGGCUGACUCCUUGUCAUCUGAAAAUAGUGAAAGUUCAGGAGAAGACUGGCUCAUAAAAGUUUGUUGUCCAGGAGCAAGGCAUCGAUACAGUAAACGAGCUCAUGCAAAAAAGAGCAUAUCAUCACGGUCCACAAAAACUGGAGACUCAAGCAUUCUAGAUAAAAAAGAUGACUUCACAGAGAAAACAGAAUUGACGCCUACUACAUCUUACCAGGACUAUACAAGAGUGCCAAGGCAGGAGAGUACAGACUUAGAGUGGCUGGUAAGACUUCGUUGCCCAAGAGCUGAAAUGGAACAAUUGAUGCCAGAUCUGAAGCAAUCUUUUCCAGGAGUUACUAGAUUCCUGAGUAAAUCACAGAGCAAGGUUUGCGGAGCUAGUCAAUCUGAAAAAACAAAAACUUCAGAGAGUUGGCUAACACAGAAGCACUUGUCCAUUGCACAGGCUUUAGUUAAUGAAAGCCAGGAUGUUAUUGGUCCCAUUCAAUUGCUGCUGGAAAAAGAAAGCUGCUUUAUAAGGGAAGUAGACAGGUAUUUGAAGCACAAUGAUUUCUUAGCUCUAAGGAGAAGGGAAAUGCUGUACAAGAAAUGGUUUGAAAGUGUUUCAAGACCUCUGCUUCAGAAAAUUCAGGACAAAGUUGACAACCAGUCAAGCAAAGAAAUAGAAGAGAGGAAGCGAAAACAGCUCUCCCUUUAUCUAAACUAUUGUAAUGAGAAGGGAGGUGCAUUUUUAGAAAGUUAUAGUCCGUCAUCUUACGAUCCUUUCUUCCUGAAGACGUCUCCAGAUUUGUGGAAGGCAUCCGUUCCUCCUUUACAUGACCCCUUGUUAAAGGAAGUAGAAGGAAGAUACAUUGAAGCCAGCAUUAUGCAGCAAUGUGAAACAGGAAAAGUAUAUUCCUCUAAAGAUGUUCAUGAACUACAUAAGACUGAGUUACCACCACUUCCUUUGGGUCGGCAACUUAUGAACCCCAUAGAGUGGCUGAAAAUCCCAUUCCAGUAUAUGGAAAGUGAUGUCCGUCAAAAAAGCCGGAAGGCACAUAUGAGAGCUAGGAAAGGUAAAGAGCAAGAGAAAGCAAGAAAGAAGGAAAUAAACUUUCUCCCUAGGGGCUCAACAACCAGGAAAGCCAGGAACCUGCUCUCCGGUUCAAAACAGGAAAUGAUCUGGGUCUAG